AUGGAUCCAUCGGACAGCCACUGUAUAAUGUGCAACAGACCGAACAACGCCGAUAAUCUGGUCCAGUGUGACCGCUGUGACGGGUACGUACACUAUUCGUGCGCGGACGUGGGAGACUCGAUUGCCGAUCCCGAUCGGAGUUUCACCUGCAAGAGGUGCGUCGAGAGCGAUGAAGUCGUCACUGUUUCAUCCCACCGCACGAGCCGCAGCUCCCGGCGAACGUCACAUAGUGGUAGCAGCUCAGCACGGGUGGCACUGCGGCUGCAACAGCUUGAGAAGGAGAAGCAAAACCGUCUCCGGGAUCUCGAAGAUGCUGAGAAGUUCCAGCGACUGCGGCGUCAGGUCGAGGAGGACUUCGAGAAACAACAGUUUGCCAUCCUUGACGCACAACUGCAGGAUGAGGAUGAGGAUCGUAGCUUCAAGAGCAGAGUGAGUUCCAGGCAAAUCCGCGAGAGUACCAAGAAGUGGGUCGGUGCAUCGAGUCAGACAGAUGGAGCAAAUAGUCAAGUAGCUACCACGUCGGCUCAAAUCGUAUCCACAAGCCUAGAUGGAACCCUGCGUACUCCAGCAGAUGAAUCCGAAGACCAGAUCACGUUAGCAGCUAUUCCCGAAGAAGCACUCCAACCCGCAUCGGCCGAAGGCGACCGAGAAGCUGAACCCAACAAGACGACCAGCGUCGUCAGCGUUCUUGAAGAGCAGCAAACCGUUCGUUCCACGGAGUUCACAGUAGCGGCCCAAGUACCUACGUCCCACCAAGGCUCGGGGGCAGACACGUCGGCCGGAACUAUUCCGUCAUCCCGCAGGCAUACUGGAGUGCUUACUACCGGUGAACUGGAGUCCGAAGAACGGGUACAGCAGAAGGCAAGAGCAGCCUAUACGAAAACCAAUGCAGGGUUGAACACAAUGGGUCGAAUACCGUCGUUGAAAUCCGCGCAGUUUUGCGAAUCAAAACCAGCCGCGAAGCACCCGUUUUCCGAUCAGAAUCAGAUGCGCGUUCCGAAAUCGUCCGUCUUUGUGCCCGGUCACGGUAGUGAAGUGAAUCGUUCAUUUGUGCCUCCGGUGGAACAGCAGCAAUACAGUGUGCCCGAUCGUCAAGAGGUACAACCACCGUCCGGUCGUGAACAGUGUACAGUGACAAGUGCUAGAGACCAAUUUGUGAAUCAGCCUCCCCCCGGAUACGAGAACUUUGCGAGGAAACCAACGGCAGCAACAUGGAACCCGGCGUGGCCAUCGGUUCCGCAUCUUGGAACCAUCGGAUAUCAUUCAUCGAUCCCUUUCCAUUCAACGUACGGCCAACCGGAUUAUGCUCUGAAUUCCACAGAGUAUUUGACGUCUACAGGCUAUCAGCAAGGGGCUCUUCCGAGCACGUCUAGGUUGGAACCACUGCCGGGACAUCAGACAUACCCGGAACCAACGACACGACCAAAUCAUCAGCACCGGACGGAUCAGCGUGAGCAAUGGCAGAACUCGAGCCAAUCGCAACCUCGUCGAGUGCGAGGACCCACAGCAGAACAACUGGCCGCUCGCCAAGUCAUUCCAAAAGAGCUGCCCGUGUUUGCUGGAGAUCCACAGGACUGGCCGCUUUUCCUGAGUUCCUUCAACAACUCGACAGAGGCUUGCGGCUAUAACGACGCUGAGAACCUGGCGAGACUCCAACAAUGUUUACGUGGACAUGCGUUGGAAAGCGUGAGAAGUCGAUUGCUGAUUCCGGAGUCAGUUCCCUACGUGCUGGCAACCCUGGAGCGAUUGUAUGGCAGACCGGAAGUGAUUAUCCAUUCCCUUCUGAAGCGGAUGCGCGAAAUACCCUCACCCAGGGGUGAUGACCUGAAAACCCUGAUCAAGUUCGGAAUGGGCGUGGGGAACAUGGUGGAACACAUGAUACUAGCCCAACAACAUCAGCAUAUUAGCAACCCAAUGUUGCUGCAAGAGCUGGUAGACAGACUUCCGCCGACUCUGAAACUACAGUGGGCUUCCUUUAAGCGUCACUACCACACAGUGAAUUUGGCGACCUUCAACGACUUCAUGAAGGACCUUGUUACGAUGGCCAGCGACGUGACUCUCCUGACUGGUAUAGGACAACAGCCGGCGGAGAAGCAGGAGAAGCCGAAACGAGAAAGAGCUUCGAAGGAGAAGCUGUUCGUCCAUCAAUCUUCAUCAAAUACAUCGGGGUCGUCUGGGACUGAAUCAAGUAACCCCACCGUCAAGCCCUGCGUGCACUGCUCCAAGACAGACCAUCGUGUUGCUGAGUGUCCAGAUUUCAAGCGACUGAGUGUAGACGAAAGAUGGAAGGUUUUGCGACAAAAAGGGCUGUGUAGAAUAUGCUUGAUCCCUCAUCGUUCAUGGCCUUGUCGUUCAAAACAAGAAUGUGGAGUUGGAGACUGCCGCAUGCGUCACCACGCUUUACUACACCUGGCCAAGGUGCAGACUGGAACAGUUCCAACAUCAACGCCGACGGAAAGAAACAUCGUCCAUCAAAACCACCAUUCCGUUACCUCUUGUGCUUUGAUGCGUUACCUUCCCGUGACGCUGCACUACAACGGAAACAGCGUAGAGGUCUUCGCGUUCUUGGAUGAUGGAUCUUCAUCGACGAUGAUGGAAGCAGAGGUAGCCAAACAACUGGGUGCAGCGGGACCGGCUGAGCCGUUGUGUCUGGGCUGGACUGGAGAUAUUACGAGGAUCGAGAAAGAUUCCCAGCACGUCAAUGUCGCUAUUUCCGGGCACAACAUAGCAAACAUGUUCCCACUGAAGGCAAGGACGGUUGGCCAACUAAAACUGCCAAACCAAACGGUGGAUUACGAGGAACUUUGUCUGGGUCACCCGUACCUCAGAAAGCUUCCUUUGUCAAGUUACACCAGUGCUGUUCCUCGUCUCAUCAUCGGUGUAGAUAACGCUAAGCUGAUCAGUACACUGAAAAGUCGAGAGAGUAGAAACGGAGAGCUGGUCGCGGUCAAAACGCGGCUCGGAUGGAGCCUCUUCGGAAAACAUACCGUCGGUAGUAGUCCAGUAGAGUACGUGCACACGCACCAAGAGUUACACGGCGCAGACACGGAUUUACACAAUCUGUUCAGGCAGUUUAUGGCGGUCGAUGAAGCGAGCGUCAACCAGAGCCCACUAUCGGACCAAGACAAGAGAGCGUUGGAGAUAUUACAGAAAACUACCCGAAGGAUCGACGGUAGGCUGGAAACUGGCCUGUUGUGGCGAAACGAUGAACCUUCCCUUCCGAAUAGCUACAGUAUGGCAGUCCGUAGAGCGGAAGCUCUGGAGCGUAAGCUGGCGAAAGAUGAGCAGCUACGAGAGAAAGUCAAGCAACUGAUUCAGGAGUAUGUGGCCAAAGGAUACGCUCAUCGAAUUACCGCUGCCGAGUUGGAAUCGUCAGAACCGGGCCGGGUAUGGUACUUGCCACUGGGGGUGGUGAGAAAUCCACGCAAACCGGAAAAAGUCCGUCUUAUUUGGGACGCUGCAGCCCGAUCAGAAGGUGUUUCGUUCAACGACCUGAUGCUGAAAGGGCCGGAUCUGUUAACAGCGCUACCAUCUGUUCUGCUGCGUUUUCGCCAAAAAAGCGUAGCCUUUAGCGGAGACAUAAAAGAAAUGUUUCACCAAUUCCGGAUUCGGCAAGAGGACAGACAGGCACAACGAUUUCUCUUCCGGGAGCACCCUGAAGAACCUCCACAGAUCUUCGUGAUGGAUGUCGCCACGUUUGGCGCUGCGUGCUCACCUUGCAUCGCUCAGUACCUGAAAAAUAGGAACGCAGAGGACUACAAACCGCAAUAUCCUGAGGCAGCCCGUGCCAUCGUCGAAAACCACUACGUGGAUGAUUUUUUGGAUAGUGUUGAUACGGUCGAAGAAGCAGUGGAGCUUAUCGAAGAUGUGAAACACGUUCACGCCAUGGCUGGAAUGGAGAUCCGGAAUUUCGCAUCAAAUUCACCUGCAGUUCUCGAGCGCAUCGGAGAAGUCAGCGAAGCUGAACAAAAGCUAGUCAAAUUGGAGUCGAUCGUCGAAAGAGUUUUGGGAAUGGUGUGGAAACCGGAGGAGGAUAUCUUCACGUUCGAGUUGGACCUGAAAGAAGAAGUACGGAACAUUGUGCUGAACAACACGACGCCUACGAAGCGCCAAGUCUUACGGACCAUAAUGUCUCUUUUUGAUCCGUUGGGUUUGGUAGCGCAUUUCAUAGUGCACGGCAAGUUAAUCAUGCAGCGCAUCUGGAGAGAAGGCUUAGACUGGGACGAAGCGAUUAGUGGCGAAAUACUAGAAGACUGGCGUAGAUGGAGCGGACUGCUGCUGAAGAUCAACGAAGUUGGCGUGCCAAGGUGUUUCUUCUCCGGUAAUAGAUCAGUAUGCAAUGGCGCCGAGAUCCAUAUGUUUGUGGAUGCCAGCGAAAAUGCAUACGCUUGCGUUGCGUACCUGCGAAGUUCCGAUAACGGGAUCCCACGAUGUACGCUGAUAGCGGCGAAGACGAAAGUAGCGCCGCUGAAACCGUUAUCCAUUCCACGGUUGGAAUUGCAAGCGGCUCUUAUCGGGAGCCGUUUACUGGACACCAUAUGCAAGGCUCUAACAAUCCCUAUCUCGGCACGAUAUCUCUGGACAGACUCUACAACGGUCUUGGCGUGGCUGAGGUCUGAAACACGGCGUUACCAUCAGUUCGUCGGAUUUCGAGUUGGAGAGAUUUUAACUACGACCACCAUCGGCGAGUGGAGGAAGGUUCAGUCAAAACUGAAUGUUGCUGAUCAGGCAACGAAGUGGAAGGACGGACCAAGCUUCAACCCAGAAGAUUGGUGGUACUCCGGCCCAAGUUUUCUAUCCGACACGACGGAAAAAUGGACUGAACAUACAUCGGAGGAUUUCGUAACAACGGAAGACAUGCGAUCAGCGUUCUUGCACCAUCGAAAGCUGCAUCCACCGUUCAUCGCAGCUGUCGAGAGGUUUUCCAAAUGGACAAGAUUAGUACGAGCUACAGCCUACGUUAUCAGAGCGGUCAAACGGUUCCUUAGCCUGAAGGUGAACGGACCGUUGGUGCAGGAAGAACUGCAGAGUGCGGAAACACUGCUGUGGAGGCAAGUGCAAAGGGAAGCAUACUCGGAGGAAUACUCUACGCUUCUGUACAACAAAGAACACCCUCGUGAAGAACCUCGGAAGUUGGAGAGAUCGAGCGCCCUGUUCAACAUGUCACCGAUGCUGGACAGCAAUGGAGUGCUGCGGAUGAACAGUCGCAUAACUGCAGCCCCUGUUGUAUCCACGGACCUGAAAUACCCUAUCUUUCUCCCGAAGGAACAUCGGGUAACGGAACUGCUUGUGGAAAGCUACCACAUUCGUUUCCUACACGGAAACAAGGAGACGGUAUUUAAUGAAUUGCGGCAACGUUUCCAGAUACCAAAACUCCGUUCGGUUGUAUCGAAGGUAGCCAAACAAUGUCAGUAUUGCCGUGUGCGGAAGGCGACUCCCCAAGAGCCAAUGAUGGCACCAUUACCCGAAAUUCGGCUAACAUCGUUCAUCCGACCGUUCACUCAUAUCGGAGUGGACUAUUUUGGGCCUGUUUUCGUGAAGCAAGGACGUAGCACGGUUAAACGAUGGAUCGCUCUUUUCACGUGCCUGUCCAUCAGGGCCGUGCACCUCGAGGUGGUCCACAGCUUAUCGACGCAGUCGUGUGUCAUGGCCAUCCGUCGAUUCGUUGCGCGCAGAGGGUCUCCCGCAACUUUCUGUUCCGACAACGGAACCAAUUUUGUGGGCGCGAACAACCUGCUUCGGGAACAACUUCGUGCGAUCGGAGAGUGCUGUGCAACAACCUUUACGAACUCUGACACACGAUGGCUUUUCAACCCCCCACUCGCCCCCCACAUGGGAGGAUCAUGGGAGCGUUUGGUGAGGUCAGUGAAGGCGGCAGUGUCGGCAAUUGCAGAUCAUCCUCGCCACCCCAGUGACGAAGUCCUGGAGACAAUAGCUCUGGAGGCAGAGUCCAUCGUGAAUUCCAGACCACUGACUUACGUCCCGCUGGAUCAUGUGAACCAGGAAGCACUGUCGCCCAAUCAUUUCCUGCUAUACGGAACGCAAGGCAUCAAUCAACCAAGUCGGGAUAUGGAGAAGGAGCAGGCACCACUAAGAGACAGCUGGAAGUUGUCGAAGUAUCUCGUCGAUACUUUCUGGACUCGCUGGGUCCGCGAAUAUCUUCCCACGUUGACACGACGUACCAAGUGGUUCCAGCCAGUGAGGCCACUGAAACCAGGGGAUCUGGUUGUCGUAGUAGAAGAAGGAAAGCGGAACGGAUGGGUUCGUGGAAGAGUGGUAGAAGUUCUAUCAGGGAAGGAUGGCCAGGUGCGCAGAGCAGUUGUGCAAACAGCACGAGGACUGGUCAACCGGCCAGCAACGAAGUUGGCGUUACUGGAGGUAAAAGGGGUGCCGAAAGACGAGCCAGAAGUACCGGAGUCUGGCGUACCGGAACUACACGGGCGGGAGGAUGUUGGCGAACCACUGUGCAGUUUUUCGAACUCGAAGGAGUGA